AUGGAACACACACCUCUUGUUCUCCAGCCGCCCAGGGCUAGUCUCCAACCACGCACCACCAUGGAAAGCUGGUUCAGCAUGGGAGCCUGGGAAAGGCAUCCCACAGCAGAUUCUGUGGCCUUCAUGCUGAUAAUGUUAGAAGUCCAGUACAUGGCAGGUUUGGGAAGAGGCUCUGCAGAACGGAGAGAAGACAGUCAAGUGCUUUCCAGAGCUUACUGCUAGCUCCUUCCAUAUGCAGGGAUCUGUGAUGACUACCCUAACACCUGAAUCCAUGUCCAGUGGAGAAGAUGAGCCCAGGAACUGCAUGGUGUGUGGGGACCGAGCCACGGGCUAUCAUUUCCAUGCCCUGACCUGUGAGGGCUGCAAGGGCUUCUUCAGACGAGCAGUCAUCAAAAGCACUGGCCGCACCUGCCCCUUUGCUGGAAGCUGUGAAAUCAUCAAGGGCCAGAGGAAACACUGCCCCGCCUGCAGGUUGCAGAAGUGUCUGAAUGCUGGCAUGAGGAAAGACAUGAUACUGUCACCAGAAGCCCUGGCAUUGCGGAGAGCGAGGCAAGCCCAGCGGCGGGCCCAGCAAGCAGCUCCACAGAUGAGUAACAAGCAGAAAGAGAUGGUCCAGACCCUCCUGGAGGCCCACACUCGCCACAUGGGGACCAUGUUCGAACAGUUUGUUCAGUUCAGGCCUCCAGCUUACCUGUUCAUCCAACACCAGCGCUCACCUUCCAUGGCCCCUGGGCAGUCCCUGCUCCUGCAUUUUGCAGAUGUCAACACCUUCAUGAUGGAGCAAGUUAUCAAGUUCACCAAAGAACUGCCACUUUUCCGGUCCCUGCCCAUAGAGGACCAAAUCUCCCUUCUUAAGGGAGCAGCGAUGGAAAUGGCUCAGAUUGCGCUCAACACCACUUUCUGUCUCCAAACACAAAACUUCUUCUGUGGGCCACUUCGCUACACUAUAGAAGACGGAGCUCAUGUGGGAUUCCAGAGGGACUACCUGGAGUUUGUCUUUCGCUUCCAUGGGACACUGAGACGACUACAGCUCCAGGAGCCUGAGUAUGUCCUCCUGGCUGCCAUGGCCCUCUUCUCUCCUGACCGGCCUGGAGUUACCCAGAGGGAAGAGAUUGAUCAGCUACAACAGUGGAUGGCACAGACUCUAGACAGCUACAUCAAGGGCCAGCAACAGAAGCCUCAAAAUCGGUUUCGGUAUGCGAAGAUGCUGGGCAUGUUGGCAGAGCUCCGGAGUAUUAACAGCAAAUACUGGGACCAAGUCCAGCUCAUCCAGGGCCUGCCCACCAUGAUGCCACUGCUCCAGGAGAUCUUCAGCUGAGGCCAGGCCCACCUCCU